CGAAACUUGGACCGGGGUGGUCACGGGUGGGUGGGCGAACUUCGCUUAAGCCAUGCUGAGAAUUGGCUGAGCAUUUUUGACUGAUUGUUCGGCUGGACUUUGCCGUCUGUGUGUUUGCAUGACUGAACAGAUUUCCUGAGAGAUAAAACGCAUCAUGUCCAGAGCUAAAACCUUCUUCGGACGUCGCAGGCAAGAGCUCUUUGCUGAGCUCAACAGUCAACGUCAGACUGGAGAGUUUGUUGAUAUGGUGAUGAUGGUACAGAAUAUGAGGUUUCGCUGUCACCGGACCAUAUUGUCAUCUACAUCAUACUUUAAAGCCAUACUGUCCAAAAGACGUACCGAGGGUAUAACUUCAAACGUCGUAGAACUCCAAAAUAUUGCCCCCCUCUGCUUUCCCAAGAUCCUUGACUUUGUGUACACAGGACAAAUCACUAUCAGUCAAGACGACGUCAAGGAUAUUUUGCAGGCGGCACACAAGCUUAAGCUUAAAAAGAUAAAGAAAUACUGCCUCGAGUUCAUGCAUAGAAGAAUACAGCAGUCCAACUGUCUCUUUUUCUUGCACCUUGCCAACCUGUAUGGCUUUUCUGACCUGAAAGAUGUAGCAAAGACCACGGCAGUACAUGAAUUCUGGAAAGCCUCACAAUAUGACGGUUUUCUGACUCUUUCAUCAGAUGAACUCGUGGAUCUUCUCCAAACUGAUCUGCUUAAAGUUACGAGUGAAGACGAGGUCACCACUUCUGUGAUACAAUGGCUCGACCACGAUCCUGAUAGUCGGAAGCAAGCAUUGCCCACGAUUUUGCAAGAGAUCCACUUGUCAUGUGUCCACGUAAGUGUCCUCAGGGAACUUGAGUCCCAUCCUGCAGUUCUUGAGUCUGCUGAAUGCCUGGCAAAAGUCACAGCAGCCAAGGAGGAACACCUCAAUGGGACAAGCCAGCUGACAGCAGGGGCUGAGGGGCGUGGGGCUAAACCUAAACGUAAGCCUCCUGCGUCCGAUGGCCUGACAAUCAUCGUUGGUGGUUGGAAAGUUGAACAACCAAUUCCCCUGAAAAGUGUCAUUUGUCUAGAACCAGAUGAUCAGCAUUGCUACCACAUCACUGACCUACCAAUACCUGCUCUUGGGUACACAAGUGUUGCGAAUGCUGGAAGACACUUGUACAUAUCAGGCGGGUGCCUCUCUCCAAUGACCCGUGAUGGUUCGCACACUAGUGCACCAAUCAAGCAAGCCUUUUGCUAUGACUUCCUCACAGACGCUUGGACACAGCUACCCGACAUGCCUCGUGGUAGGGCAGAGCAUCAGUCAGUAGUCGUUGAUGGGAAACUUUUUCUGGUUGGUGGUGACGUGGAAGCAGCGUCCGACGAAGCUGCCUCGAUUGACAUGACAGGUCCACUCAGCAUCGACUGCUAUGAUCUUCAAAAAGGGACGUGGAUAAAACCACCCACAAUACCACCAAUUAACCCUUCGUCAAAAUGGAACUUCAAGGUAGCAUCCUGCGGGGGUAAACUUGUCCUUGUUGAGGGUGAGAUCAAGAUCAAGGAAUCUCGAGAGACACUCUGUGUUCAUGCCCUCGACGUUCCAGGCAGAGAAUGGACAUACUCGGACAUUUCAUGGGGGCCUGCAGUGUACUCGAGCUCAAGUAAUAUCUCAGUAGACAUCUCAGUGAAUGCUAUAGAUGACAAAGUUUAUGUUUGUGCCUAUACUAGAUAUGGUACAUUAUUGUUCGCUUACGAUGUCAAAACUGAAAGCCUGACGAUGGUCAAGAGUGCACAAGCCUCAAGAAGCAUUAAAUUUCUUUGCACCACCCUCUUUGAAAGGAUUGAUCUACCCGAUGAUGUUCCACUACCAGAGGGUACAAUGGAUGCUACCCGUAUGAUAUCUAUCUACGAUCAUGAGUUAUCGUUUGUGGACAAAGUCAGACGCGCAGAUGGACAUAUCCCCUUUGCCGUGUUUGGCUGUAGUGUUCUUAGAACCAAGAAGAGUAGCAUUGGAUGGUACUGUCGGGACCGGCAUGCAAUUUAUGUAAAUGACGACAAAGAUGUGAUUGAGAUGAGGCCAGGUCAUCGCUGUAGAGGAGGACUCAAAAGGCCAGACCCGUCUACACGUACAGUGCGCUUCAAAAAUGACGACCAUUCACGUGACCUUGGUGAUAAGCUUGUACGUCAGUGUAAUACCGGCACAUACGCCGAUGUGGUAUUAGAAGUUGAGGGCCGAAAAGUUCGUUGCCACCGUGCUGUGUUGGCAUCCACACCUUACUUCAAAACCAUGUUCUCCUGCAGCCUUAAAGAAAGUAACUCAAGGGUUGUAAAACUGUGUGGAAUUGAUUUCAACAGCCUCAGGAAGAUCCUAACAUUUCUAUACAAAGGAUCAAUCCAAAUCAGUGGAGACAACGUCCAGGAAAUCCUGCAGGCGGCACACAUGCUGCAAAUUGAUGAGAUCACUGAGUUUUGCCGGUCGGUCAUUCAAGACAACAUUCACGCUUGCAACUGCAUAGGUGUCAUGCGCCUUGCCAACCUGUAUGGCUUUUCUGACCUGGAAGAGGAGGCAAGGCGUGAGGCUGUAACUCAAUUCUCCGAGGUCAGACAAGAUGAGGAGUUUCUCAGUCUUUCGACGGCUGAGCUCGUUGAUCUACUCGGAGACGAUUGCCUUAAAGUUACAAGUGAAGAUGAGGUCGUCACAUCUGUGGUACGAUGGCUGGACCAUGAUCCUGAAAGCCGCAAGACAUCAAUGCCUGCAAUCUUGCAAAAGAUUCGCUUACCAUAUGUGAAGGUCAGUAUGCUAGAGAAGCUGGAAUCCCACCCAGGGGUACUGGAGUCCGCUGAAUGCCUGGCCAAAAUCACAGCAGUCAAGCAGGGACAUCUUACUGGUAAACUACAGCUACUAGAAUAUGAACAUAAGCGAUCCGGAAGAUCAGAUGACAUGGAAAUCACUGUUGGUGGGUGGAGAGGACGGGCCCACUACUGGCAUUAUGUACAGGCAAUUCCCUUGGAAAGCAUUAUAUGCAGGGAUCCAGAUGACCAGCAUUCUUUCCACAUCACUAAACUUCCAACAGCUGUUUCCGGCUACAUGAGUGUGGCAAGAGCUGAACGACACCUGUAUGUGACAGGUGGGCGCGCCCAUCCUUUGGUCGGCCAGGGUCCUCAUAGUGCACCAUCCAGACAAGCCUUUCGGUACGAUUUCCCGGAAGACACCUGGACACAGUUACCCGACAUGACUCGAGGUCGGGCAGGGCAUCAGUCAGUAGUUGUUGGUGGGAAACUCUUCCUGGUUGGUGGUGACACUGACGACACGCCUGCGUUCAGCAUGGAUUGCUACGAUCUUGAAGAAGAUGCUUGGAUAAACCCAGCACCUACACUGCCAGAAAUAGACCCUUCAUCGACACUAAGACUAGUAGACACUUCAUCGAACCAUGUUGUACUCAUUGAGAUUCCAACGGAUACCAAGGAAUGCACGACGAAAGACGUAUUGAGGCGGGUUUUGGGUUGGAAUCUAAAAGUCGAUCGGAAGCAACUUAUUGUCCAUGUCUUAAAUACACCGACGGCUCCGCUUGGCUCCGAUGACGAUGAAUUCGCCUUAACUGACAACAACUCAAGCCUGCUUGAUAACCCCCACUCAAAGUCAAACGGUCAGGUUGGUCGGCAGCCAGAAGCCGGAUUUAGUCAGGAUAACGACAAAUCCACUGAGAAUGAUGAUGACUUUGCGGCCAUUUUAAGAGAUUUACCUUUGCUAAAUUGCAAGGACAAUGAAGAUGCAUAUGAUGGUGAUGAUGAGAAGGAGGAGGAAGAAGAAGACAAAUAUGACGAAAAUGAACAAUGGACACGCUCAGAUAUUCUCCUGCUUUACAAUCUGGAUGGCCAUGACAUCUAUGUGAUUUCUGUCAAUGACAAGGUUUAUUUCCAUUUUGUUCCUGCCAAGGAGACCGGCCAAAGAAACAUUCACCAUGUUCAAGUCUACAAUGUCAAAGAGAAAACCACAACCGAUCUACUGAAAGUAGGCGGCUUCAGUCACUCAAAACGUGGCUUCGGUCGCUACUAUUAUGUUUUUGACAGGUUUUCAGAUGCCAUAAUCAACCAUAAGUUCCAAGACAUGGCAAUCGAGAAGUGUGAGGCAUCGACCUCCCUGUUUGGCCCUGGAACCUCCCUGUUUGGCCAAAGUGUCCUUACAGUUGAUAAGAGAGGCAUCGGAUGGUACUGCCGAGAUCUUGAAAAAUUUGAGAAUGUUGACAAGCCAAAUCAGAGUCCAUGUGUAAUUGCAGAAGAUGAGGAGGAUCAGGACACUGAUACAAAUGAUGAGGAAGAGACUGAUGAUGACAAUUGACAUGUUACAUCUCGGCUUCUGAUCUGUCUCAAGUUGUUGUUAUUGACAAGCGGACUGUUAACCAAUAACUGAAGAACUGGAACACCUGGGAUGUAUACUGGACAAGAAUUGUUGCCUGAAACUUUAUUACACAUGUACAUUAUAACAUUUGUGAAAGAAGAGCAAUCUACAUCUCCCUUGUGCUAAUUUAAUUGUCCACUAUGAGACAGGGUUGAUAUAGGUUGUAUACAUGUAUUUAAUUCCACUUUAGUUGUUAGUUGAGGUUAUUAUGUUUAUGAAUUCAUUAAUUUCUUCCAUGUAACAUUUAUAUAUUAUAGAUUUGAAGUGAAGUGAUAUAUUAUACAUUUCCUUAAGGAGUUAAGAUUUGAGCAAUGCCCCUAGGGGCUCUACAUGCAUGUACAUUUAUAUAUAGGACCCCAUAUAGGACUGUAGGUUCUCUUGUUUUUUGCCUUGUUUGCAUUUUUUUAAUACAAAAUUUCGUCCGAAAAUGAUGCAUGGCAUACUAUACCAAAUGAUGAGGGCACAGAAGUUCCUGAUAGUAUUAUCUCUUCCAUAUUUUGACACACCAAUGUAUCAGCUUGUACCAGUAUGUUAUCAACAAGUGCGAUGGGUUCUUAAGUUUAAGGUUCUUACAAUUGGGGGUCAUAUGGUAUUAUUUAUGAGAUUAUACAGCAGGGAUAAGGUUAGAAGAGCCUCUUCAAACACACAACUGUCAGCUUACACACAUUCGCUCUUAUAACAUUGGAGUGUUCUGUGUGUUUAAGGCUUUAACAGGUGGUUGCACUUAAAAUGUGGAGGCUUGAUGUUCUCCAGCUAUAAUGUUGCCUGAAAUAAAAGCAGUUCUUGAACAUUAUCAUUUUGUAUUGAUGCGUUUUUCCGGCGUAUUUGUUUUACAUAUGAAACCU